AUGGUAUUGGCGAGAGCUUCCGAGCCGCGGCCAUGUCUCAUCCCACCCGAUCAGCGCCCCGAGCACGAAGGCAAGCCAACCCUAGUUCUCGACAUGAAUCACACGCUCGUCUCGAGCGUCACAAGCCCCGACCAGAGGUACGACUUCGUUUCCAAAGUCCGUGGAUCCGAUGGCACACUUCUCACUCUCAAGCGCCCCUUUGUCGACGAUUUCCUCCGCCAAGUGGCCCGUGUCUACGAGAUCGUCGUCUUCACGUCGUGCGACCGGCGCAUCGCGGAUCCGAUCCUGGACGAGCUCGACCCCGAGGGAAGAUUGUUUGCGCACAGAUUGUAUACCGAGCAUUGCAGCUGGAGCAGCGAAGUUGGGCACGUCAAGGAUUUGUCGAUGCUGGGGCGGGGGAUGGAGAGGGUGGUGAUUGUGGACGACUCCGAGUCCAAGUGUGUGUGGAACCUGGAUAACUGGGUGCGCGUUUCGAGCUUCUGGGACAACCCCGAUGAUCGCGAGCUGCUGGACCUCGUCCCGUUUUUGCUCGGGCUUGCGAAGGUCGAGGAUGUGAGGCCGGUUGUGAGGAAGUGGCGACUACAAAACUUCCGCAAAUAA